AUGGCUUCUUCCUCAAUAAUCACUCCUGAAGAUGUGUUGGAGUCGCUGAUGAACGAUGGCACAAUUGAUGCCCUCAGAUUGAAGAUCAUCAACCAGCUCAAAGCCAAUGAGGAGUUGAAGAGUACUACUAUAAAGAUGGCUGAGCAGAGUAAGGUUCUGAACACCCCUGGGGCUGAAAAACAAACCAAAAGAGAGCUCUUUGAUGCACUUCGGCAAGAACUUGAAGCUUCUGUUCUUGAAAAAGCCUCAAAAUCAGUUUGGGAUUUAAUUGUAGACAAUAAUGGCCUGGGAAAAGAGAUAAGUGAAACUGUUGAGCGAGUUUUUUGUCGAUUGAGUGGCCAGGAGCCUCCAUUGUUUCCACUUCCUAAUGGAGAACCGCAACCUGAUAAGGAGGCUAGCAGCAGAAAAGAAAAAGGCAAGGGAAAGCAGAAGGAAAAUGAAAGCGCAAAUUCAAAUACCCCGUCAAAGAAAAGAAGCUUCAGUGAAAUAAAUUUGGAUGGACCAGAUGAAACUGCAACCAGGUCCUCUGAUCCCACAGCAGUAUUGGAAGGUUCUGGCAAAUCACCUCUAUCAAUUACAAAGACUUGA